UCACUCCAGUCUCUUGGGGUUGUUCACGGACACAUAGUGAUAGAGCACCACCAGCAGGAAGAGAGAGACCCCCAGCAUGUUGGCGAAGAUGGCCAGCUGCACAUCAGUCACCAUCUCCCUGCUGAGAACGACCACAGAAGAUAGAAACGCGUCUGUUUCCGGAGGAACCAUCAGGAGAUGAAGAGUCUUUGCAGAAAGAAGCUGAAACCUGUUCUCUUCCUGAAUCUGAAGAAGACCACUGCCAUUCAGUCACAUCAGUCCAGAAAACAACUACAAAUCCCACAACCAGAACCACCAAAACCCAGCAGAGACCUGCAAAACCGUGUGUGAGACGCGUCCCAGCGGUGCUGAUCACACAAACCCAGUCCAGACCGCCCAAAACCAGCCCGACGGACCCGCUCCAGCUGCAGAAGUCAGCCAGUGUUAAAGCUGCUGAAACCCCAGAGAAAGAGAAACUCGUCCAGGUGCAUCAUGGGACGCUUCGCUGGACAGUCCUCGACCGCCGGCUGAGAGACGCAGAUGUGAGACGGCGCGCGUCUCUUUGAAGUUCCGCGGCAUAAAAGCGCAGUCUCGCGUCGCCGGGGCAUUCGACCGCGGACAUGGAGCAGACGUACACGAGCGGGGUUUCGUCCCGGUGGCACUGGAGCGGAGAGGAGCGCGCGUUUGGCGGCGCGCACGAGUGCAGCAGCGCCUCCGAGUCCUUCGAUUCCGCGUGCUCGUCCCCGUCCAGCCCCGCGCUGUCCGGACGCACACGCUCGCGCGCCUCCGCGCAGCAGAAGCCCCGAGUGAAGAUGAGUGUGAAGAGGAGGAUGAAGGCGAGCGAGCGCGAGAAGCUGCGCAUGAGGAGUCUGGCGGAAGCGCUGCAUCAGCUCCGCGAGUAUCUUCCGCCGGACUACAGCCGCCGAGGACAGCCGCUCACCAAGAUCCAGACCCUCACAUACACCAUCCGGUACAUCCGGGAGCUGUCCAGCAUCCUCCAGGAGCCCUGAGCGGCCCCCAGGGGCCCGGGGACCUGUGGCGGAGUUUCUCAGUCUAUUAAAAACAUCUGUCUCGGAUCUUCUCUGAACAUUAGAUGAACAUCGGCUUCCAGAAACAAUCUCACGAGCGAGGAAGCCUAAAGAAGGUUUGGAGGACACGAGGUUCCCUGCGAGACCCCCCGCUGCUGCUGCUGCUGUACAGAUCUGUAUCUUCUGCUCCUUCACUCAUGUUUCUGUUCUGCUGUAAAUAUUUCUGUCUAAUAUUAAGAGCGUCUGCUGAAGUCAAGUUUUUAACUGGAGCAGCUGAAUAAACGCUUUGUUCGUGUGC